UGUGCUGCAGUAGCCUCCUGAGUGACUGCAGACAUCCAUCCCCUCCUUACUAUGCAGUGUCUGUGGGCAGGGGGUUUGCAUCUCCUUACCAUCCACAUCUCGCAUAUGUGGUCUGCCAGCCCCAGUAGGAGGAGACAUGCUAUGUAACUGGGUGUGAUGUGACUGACAAAUAUUGUGCAGUAGGUCUGGGAGGCCCUGGGCCCCUCUCUCUGUUGUGCUGUUACAAUGUCCUCUCUGCUCCCGAUCCUGCCACUGCUGGUGACAACUGUCUGUGCUCAGCUGCAAGUCACAACUCCUCCUUCUCCAGUUUCGGCUGAAGUGGGAUCCACCGCCAUCUUGCAGUGUAAGUUUACCUUAGGUGUCACCCCGGUGGACCCCGCACAGGUACAUGUGGUAUGGAAGAAUGAGGGGAAGAAAGUACUGUCGUACGUGGAUAAAAUCACAGCGUUCAGACCUGGGGCAGAGAUCACAGAAGAGAACUUGGCACAGGGAGAUGCCUCAUUAUUUCUCCCUAAUGUCACCCAUGAAGACGCUGGCUGGUACUCCUGUAGCAUCCGACUAGCAUCUGAGCAAGCCACACAGAGUUUAAACUUAAUAGUUAAAGAUUAUCGCUACAUCAAAGUUGAAGGAACAACAGUAAUACAGAACAAUUCCAAUGAACUACAUUGUUCAGCAAGUAACCUCUCAUCUCCCGAUGUGAUGUUUGAGUGGGUGAGAAAUGGAAACGUCCUCAGCACCUCCGUGCCGCAGGUGGUGGAAGGUUCUGAUAGUGAAGGCUUUAAAGUGCAAAACUCCUUUUGCUUUACUCCUGUCCUGGGGGAUGACAGCGCUCGCUAUGCUUGCCAAAUUAAGCAAAACAAUGUCCCUUACCAACUGAAGAAAACAUUCCAAAUAACCUUUGGAGUUCGUCCGCAAGUCACAUUCUACCUCUCCAGCAAAGGUCAAAAGAAUUCUUCCUUAGUCUGCCUGGUGUCAGGCUUUUACCCUGAUGAUCUGAGCCUUACAAUGAAAAGAGACGGACAGCUCCUUGGCUACAAGUUAAAUAAGUGGGUGAACGGCAAUGGCACCUACUCACUAGAGGCCACUCAUCGGACCAAUGUGACUUACGGUGAUAGCAACAUUGAUUACUCCUGUACCGUUCAUCACCCUACAGUGCCAGGAGGUGCAACAGAAAGACUCAAAUUCCUAGUUGAUGCUUACAUACCUAUGGGAAUAUGGAUUGCUGCUAUUAGCGGCCUUUUCCUGGCAAUCCUAUUUCAGAUUUUCUGCAAACACGUGACAGACAUCUCAGGGUGCAAAGACUGGACUGCGGGGAGCAUUGGAAUCCUGAAGUGCAGCAUCUCAGGGCGAUACCCCAGGUCCCUAAGUGCGGUGUGGCUGGUCCGGCGAGGGGACAAGGAGACUGAAGUGAAGGAGAGAGGCUCGCUCUACACGGCAGGCAAUUACAGAGAGCUACAAGAACAGGAUUGCUACACAUGCUGGAAUGUUGUCAAGAAAAAAUGUAUUGGUGGACUUCGCCACUCUCUCUGCUCCAUCCUCUGCUUUCAGGUGCACAAGGAACAGCAUGACCAGGCGGAAUUUAUCUGCCGCUUCAUGAGAGCAGGAAAGCUACUGCAGGAGAAGAAAUUCUACGGAACUGUGCUAGAUAAUUACGGGUUUUACUCUGUGUCGGAGGUGUGCAUCCCAGAGGCAUGUAAUGAGGGAGAGAAGUUAACUCUUUACUGUACAAUGAAGGGUAACGUUCCCCGAGACAUCAGAGUCACAUGGGAGAAAUGUUUCAGCGAAGAGCGGACAGCCAUCGCAAGGGACCAAGAUAUCAAUUACCAGGUUACUGAAAAUAAUUCACCCGGGCAGAUGUGCUCCUUCCUCACUUUCUGUCCGACCUGUGAGGAUUCUGGAGCCAUAUUUACGUGCUCCUUCACUGAUAAUGAAGGGAGGAUCCUCGGAGAACGCAGCUCGCAGCCUCUGAAAGUAGCUGAACCAAAGAAGGACAGCUGGAGCCGGACUUACCGGGACUGGGGUUUUCGGGCAUUUGAUGAGACUGUGAUCUCGGAGAUGUGAGAGUGAUUUGUGGCUCCUUUGGCUUCCAGUUCAAUCAAACACUUCACCACUUUCUCUUCUACUUCUGGUUCUCAGCCCAGAGCCCCAAGAGGUGGCAACACAUAUAAAUAAACUGUUUCUCAGCACUUUGGUCCAAAGGAUAUCCUUGGGCCAGCUGGUUUCAAACUUAAAAGCCUAAGGGACACAUACAAGAGCACAAUUGGUGGGCUGAGCGUCAUCUGGCACCAUUGUGUUAUUCUGUGUUACCAAUCUGGAUUCGUGUAUACAAAUACGACCAUCAGUAUGAAGUUACUGAUUUUCUUCUCCCAGCAUAAUAUUAUUAAAUGUACGCACACGCUGGAGAAAUUCAAACCAUAAGAAAUACAUCUACUGACUGCAAGGCAGAAAUCUUGCAUAAACAAACCCAAGGGGAGCUGACUUUGACUUUGAGGAAGCCUGUACAGUCUCCGUUCGUAAUGUGAAAGGUAUUUUGGUCUUGUUCUGCAGCAAUACAGUAUGUGCCAAUCAUCUGGCUAUUGUGGGUAUUUAACGUGUCUAUGGAACUUUGAUUUAACAAAACAUGUGAACAUGCAAAUUAAAAGUCUCUAAACCUC